GAGGCGCUAGUGGAGUGCCACACCAAGCUCACCGAGCUGGCGCUCCUCAUCCAGGAGCUUCUGAACGAGUGCAUGGGGCUGCCAGCGGGCUUCCUCCGGGAGUACAACGACGACCGCACCUUCGACUUCAUGUCGGCGCGGCACUCGUUCCCGGCGACGGAGGAGGAGAACACGGGCACCCGCCCACACCAGGACAUCAGCUGCGUCUCCUUCGUCGUGCAGGACGGCGUCGGGGGCCUGGAGGUCCUCGGUCCCGACGGCGACUGGGCGCCCGUGGAGCCCGUCGAGGGCAGCAUCGUCGUCAACAUUGGCGACGUCGUGCAGGUGCUCAGCAACGGCAAGUUCAGGAGCGUCAUGCACCGGGUGGUGAGGAACCCGGCGGCGCACCGGUACUCGCUCGUCUUCUUCCUCAACGUCCACGGCGACAAGUGGGUCGAGCCGCUGCCUGAGCUCGUCGGCGAGGCGCCGCGGUACAGUGGGUUCAAGUACGGCGACUACCUGCAGCUGCGAGGGAGGUACACCAAGGCCUACCAGCUGUUAAAGCCCGUGGACCUCGUGGACAUCACCCAUUACGCGAUCUAG